AUGAACUCCAAAAAGUACAAAAGGAAUGCAGGUAUUGAUGGAAACGAUGAUGGACUAAGAAAAACGAAAAAGAAAAAAAUAGAGUCAACAAACGAAAACCUGGACUAUGAAAACAAACCUAUAAAGAGGAAGAACGUCGAAACCGAGGAUCCCGAUGAAGUGCCAUCUAAAAAAACUAAAAAGAAUAAAUUUUCAGGUAACGAUAACACUGAAUUAGUUUUAUCGAAUGAGAACAUCGAGAAUGUACAAUCUACUAAAAAUGAACAAAAAAACGGGCACAUCGGUAAUGAAAUAGAAGCUGAAGGGACUAAUGUAGACAACGGUGCAGUGUCUAAAAAGGGCAAGAAGAAGAAAAAAUCUAAAGCCGAUGAUCAAGAAAGCAAUGAAAACGUUUCUACUGUGAAGCCUUCCAAAAGAGGCACAAAAAGUUCAAAAUUAACAGCAGAGGAAUUGGAAGAACCUGUUGUUAAUAGUUCCAAAGUGAUUUUAACCCAUGAAGUCAAUAUCGUCGAUAUUAAAGGCGAAAAAGUCGAUGAAGACGACGAGAACGUUGUGACAAUAUCUAUUAAAGAAGACGGAUUAGAUUCCGAUUGGGAUGAAAAUGAUCUCCUUAAACAGUUAGAAAGGAAAGUAGAAAAGAAAGAUCCCCCUAAAGAAACGAGAGCAGGCAUUGAUUGGCCCAACGGUGAUUUAAUAGAGUUAAUGGAUCGAAUGGAAACAUAUCUUCCAGAAAACGAUUUGAAACCUUAUAUGAAACGAGUCGAAGCUCUAGAAUGGGACAAAAUUGCUUUUAAAAACUACUCGUCCGAAGAUUGUAAGAAAACUUGGAAUUUAGUUUUAAAGAAAGUCAGGAGGUAUAGAAUAUUAAAAGAAGUCAUCCAAGAUGCCAAAGAAUGGAUUGUAGCGCCGAGAACAAAGAGUAAAAAAGCAAAAAAUCGACAUCCCGACAUGCCGAGAAGGCCUUUAUCUGCUUAUUUCAUCUACUAUCUAAAAAAGAAAGAUUCGUUACAAGCCGAACAUCCAGGUUUAGAUGCUACGGAACUUGCGAAGAUGUGCAGCCAAAAGUUUAAACUAUUGCCGCCAGAAAAUAGAAUGAAAUAUGAAAAAAUUGCCAACAAAAACAAGGAGGAGUAUGAACAAAAAAUGAAGGAGUUCUAUGACACUCAUCCCGAAUGCAAAGCAGAAAAGGAAUUGAAAUCUAAAAGACCGCCUAAGCUACCAAAAUCCCCGAAACCUGUGGUCGAAAAACCCCCCAAACUCCCGAAAGAAAAAGUGCCCAAACGCCCCCUAAACGCUUUUCAAUACUACCACUUAUCCGAAGCUUCCAAAGAACAAGUCGAUGAUAAAGGCGCAUUCAAAGAAUUAUGCAAAGAAAGGUGGAAGCAAAUGCCCGAUGAUAAGAAAAUCGAAUGGAUUAGCUACUCCGAGGCCGAAACAUUGAAGUACGAGGAAGAACUAAAGGAGUAUAUUAAGAACCAUCCUGAUUAUGUACAUACAGCUACUAACAAACCACAAUUAACGAAAGAAGAGCUUCUUGUUAAGGAGCGGCUUUCGGGCAAACCGCCAAAACCUCCAGUGUCAGCUUACAAUCUGUUUGCUAGAUUGAUCUUGAAUCCCGAGGUUAAUUCCGAUAUUAAAAAUAUUCCAGUGAAGGAGCGGCUGGUUUACGUGUCGAAUCAAUGGAAAGAGUGCACUGAGGAAGAUAAGAAACAUUAUAAGGAAUUAUUCGAUCAGGCCAUAGAAAAAUAUAAUAAAGAAUAUUCCGCGUAUCUUGAAUCUUUGCCGGAAGAAGAGAGACAAUUAGAAAUUGCCAAAACUAAAUCAAAGCGUACCAAGUCGGAAGAGAAAGACAAGAAAACUAAGGCGGGAAAACCACUGAAGAAAAAAGCUGAUACUAAUUCAGAAAAUAAAAAAGCAGUUAAUAACAAAGUAAAUAAUGCCUUAAAAAAGGUUGAGAAAAAACCGAAAAAAUUAAUCGAACCAGAACAACCCCCUAUUUCGCCCUUAAAGUACUUUGCAUCUUUAUAUAAAGGCGACGAGUCUGUAGCUAAAGCAUGGAAAGCUCUGUCAGCAGAUGAAAGGAAAAAUUACGAAGAUGAACUUACCCAGAAGAAAAAGGCGUAUAUAUUAGAUUUCGAGAAAUUUUUGAAGAGUAUGACGAAAGAAGAAUUGGAGAGUUUUUCUAAUUCCAGAAAAAAACAGAAUCAAAAUGUUUCACAGGAAGAUGAAGAUGAGGAUGAAACGAGUGAUCAGUCAGAUUCGGAUGAUUCUAAUGAUGAUUCAGGAAACGAGGAAGAAGAAAAUUAA